ACAAAAUGCAGCAAAAGCUAUAAUAAUUACCAGCUGCAUCACAAAAUGAGUUCGUUUUCAAAGGAUUGCUAGGGCUCACUAGAUGGGACUCUUCAGUGAACUGACAAAUCGCAAUGACAUUCGGCUGAGGACGGCGGUCUGUCCGUGUGGGCUUCGCAGUCUUGCGAGUAGUUGCCUGUGAGAUAAUAAUAUUUUCGAGUUUCCCGGCGCAUUUCGCGACCGCGAAUCGGUAUGGCGGACGAGGAAAAUAAUUGUGAUGACGGUGGUGGUGACCUGAAAGUGGGCCAGGCGUUUCGUUUGCGAGGCCGCAAGGGUGCCCUAAAGAAGAAGAAUGUUUACCUGGUGAAAGAUCACAAAUUCAUGCCGAGAUUCUUCAAGCAGCCGACGUUUUGUUCCCACUGCAAAGAUUUCAUAUGGGGCUUUGGAAAACAAGGAUUCCAGUGCCAAGUGUGCAGUUUCGUGGUGCACAAGCGAUGCCACGAGUAUGUUACCUUCACGUGUCCCGGCGCCGACAAGGGGGCGGAUUCCGACGCCGCCUACGCCCCGCACAAAUGGAGUGUCUGGACGUUCCUAGCUCCAACGUUCUGUGACCAUUGUGGCACAUUACUGCACGGUCUCGCCCAUCAGGGAUUUAAGUGCACAGCAUGCGACAUGAACGUUCACAAACGCUGCGAGGAGUCAGUGCCCAACCUCUGCGGAUGCGACCACACGGAGCGACGCGGGAGAAUCCAACUAAUCGUCUCUUGCCAAGGAUACAAGCUUACCGUUGAAGUCAAGCAGGGUCGCAACUUGAUCCCCAUGGACCCGAACGGGCUGUCGGACCCUUACGUCAAGAUGAAGCUGAUCCCUGACUCUGAUAACGUCAAGAAAAAAACCAAGACCAUCCGUAGCACCUUGAACCCCGUCUGGAAUGAGGUCCUCUCGUUCGACCUCAAAGCUGAGGAUAAAGAUCGGCGGCUUCUUAUUGAGGUUUGGGACUGGGAUAGAACUUCCCGCAAUGAUUUCAUGGGCUCGCUAUCCUUCGGAAUAUCCGAAGUGAUGAAAGCACCGGCCGAGGGAUGGUUCAAACUCCUGACUCAAGAAGAAGGAGAGUUCUAUAACGUGCCGGUGCCGGAGGAGGGCGCCGACUUGGUCCAGCUCAAGAACCAGAUGAGGGCUACAACGGUGGGGGCUCGCCGACCUCCGCCCCCGCCAGACCGCGAGGUGCCUCACAACGUGGCCGCCGCUGAUGUUAUCCGAGCUACCGACUUCAAUUUCAUUAUGGUGCUCGGGAAAGGUUCCUUUGGGAAGGUAAUGUUGGCCGAACGUCGCGGCACAGACGAACUGUACGCCAUCAAGAUCCUGAAGAAGGACAUCAUCAUUCAGGACGAUGACGUUGAGUGCACCAUGGUCGAGAAGCGAGUGCUGGCUCUGAGCAACAAACCACCGUUUUUAGUGCAAUUACAUUCCUGCUUCCAGACUAUGGAUCGUCUGUACUUUGUGAUGGAAUACGUGAACGGAGGUGAUCUGAUGUUCCAAAUACAGCAGUGCGGGAAAUUCAAGGAACCCGUAGCCGUGUUUUAUUCAGCGGAAAUCGCGAUCGGCCUGUUUUUCCUUCACUCGCGCGGCAUCGUGUAUCGCGACUUGAAACUAGACAACGUUCUCCUCGACCAAGACGGCCAUAUUAAGAUCGCGGAUUUCGGCAUGUGCAAGGAAGGGAUCACGGGCGACAAAACCACGAAGACCUUUUGCGGAACACCCGACUACAUAGCCCCGGAGAUCAUCUUAUACCAGCCCUAUGGUAAAUCCGUGGACUGGUGGGCUUAUGGUGUGCUGCUGUACGAAAUGCUGGUGGGUCAGCCGCCGUUCGACGGAGAAGAUGAGGAGGAAUUAUUCGCCGCCAUCACCGAUAACAGUGUGUCUUAUCCGAAGACUUUAAGCAAGGAGGCAAAGGACGCGUGCAAGUCGUUCCUGAGCAAGAACCCUCAGAAGCGGCUGGGGUGCGGCGCGCGGGGGGAGGAGGACGUCCGCACGCACGCAUUCUUCCGCCGCAUCGACUGGGCCAGGGUCGAGGCUAGGGACGUCCAGCCGCCCUUCAAGCCUAAGAUCAAACACCGUAAGGACGUGUCGAACUUCGACAAGCAGUUCACUCAGGAGAAGACCGAGCUGACUCCAACGGACAAACUGUUCAUGAUGAACCUUGACCAGACAGAAUUCAUGGGCUUCUCGUUCCUCAAUCCUGAGUUCGUGCAGCACGUCUGAAUUGAACAGCCAGAAGUUGACUUCUACUUAUCAUUGAAGCGGUAUCAGAACGAAACUGAAGCCGCGAGGUCAAGCUAUCUCUUCACUUGUCGACUGUCUCUGUCACUCAUACGACGCGUGUCGUUCUGUCUCGUUCAUUCUCGACUAUCGUUAAGUUCGGUACACGAUCUGCCACUCAGUUGUAUCUUGUGAAUUCUUGUUGUCUAAGGAAAGGCACACGUAAAUUUUCAAUUUUUCAAAAAAUUGUUAUUCUAAUAAAUUCGAAAAAUCGUCAUCCCCGUCAUUACUUCUCUUGUUUCGUAAUCGAUUUACAUAAUCGAUUUUCAAAUCGACUUUUCACUAGUGACCAUCCAGUGCGACAUGACUAUUUAAAAUGCUUGUUAGUAUGUAUGACUAAGAUUAAUCUCAACGAAUUUUUAAAAGCAAUAAAAUAUUGGGACUAUUAUCGCUGUUGUUAAAUUUAGAGCUCUCUAUAUCAUGUGUGAUGUAUUGUUAUUUUAUACUGAAUCUCGAUUAAGUAUUGACAAUCUCUACGAUUCGUUAUAAAUUAGGGGCCAUUCGUAGCUAUAAUCGUUUUACGUUCAAUAAACAAUGUUUUCGUUAUCUGUAUUUCAAAUUAUAUUUAAAAAAAAAACACAGUAAUAUAUCAAAUUAUUUUUAAAUUUAGAUGUUACAUAAUGUUAUUGACAUAAAUGUUUUAACGUUUUAUUCGCAUCGAAUUUAAGUUCAAUGUUUCACAUAUCAAUGUUUUUAUUGUGUGAAGUUUCUGUCGUGUCGUGUGGAUGGAGAUUAUAUAGGAGCACAUGUUCAUAUUAACUCACCGAUUGUUUUAUUCUCGUCACAACAUUUAUGUAGUUAGUCGAUUUUUUUGUUGUUGGUCGCUGUUGGGCUAAUGCGUCCCAACUCGGCCAAGUUGGAGGACGCCCGAAAAAGGUUGUCAUAUUAAGUUUUCAUUGUCUAUGGUCUUGCGUUAAUUUGUUUUAGGAACAUUUUUUCACAUCAUGGUGAUUCCGUUUUCGUGUGCGUGUAUGAUGCAUGAGUUAUUUUUUUUUGCUUUUGUGAAUGAAUUACUCGGUUUGAAUGUUUGUUUAAAUGCGAUAUUGUAACGGCUUAAGGUUUCUUGUCGUUAUGUAAAAAAAAAAAAACUGUCGUUGAUAUUCUGUAUUCUCAUUUACUGUGAUUAGUUGGUUCUUAAGCCGUUACAAAAUGGCGCACAGCUAACAGCUGUCUACUAAAUAGCCUUACUAACUUAAUAAUAAUGCUAAUAAAAUAAAUUAAUAAAACAAAAUUGUAAACUCUUGUUAGUAUUUAAAUGUGAAUUAAAAAAAAUGGAAAAGCAUUUGAUUCUAAAUUGAAUUAAUAAAAUGACAUUUUAGAUGUUUAUAAUUUUAAAUGUAAUUUAACUAUGUGUAAUUCUAAUCUACAUUGAGAUUUAUUAUUGAAAAAUAAUAACGAAAUUAAUAUUGAAACAAAUUAAACUAUCCUCAAUUAAUUGUCACUAUUUCUUAUUGUUUUAAUAAUCACCUUGAAAAUGAUCUUUAACAAUUAUUGAAAACGAUUAAACAAAAAAAAAUAAACCAAUCCCAGUACAAUAAUUAAAACAUCCAAGAACGUUAUUUUCAAUAAAAAAUCUCAACUUAAAUAUCGUCGUGUGUAAAACAUUUUUUGCCGAUUUUAUCUAAAGGCGUCACGACUUCUAAUAUAAGAAUUCUACUAGCGUAUUUUUUUUUUCAAUAGGCUUAAGAGUAUUUAUAAUAUAAUAAAGCUGGCUCAUUUUCAAUUUUAAACAGUAAUUUUUUAAUAAUAUAAAAACUACAUUUAGAUACCUUCAGAUUUAUAAAUUUGUAGUUUUUUUUUUUUAUAAUUUCUCUAUAGGCUGUAAGAAGUUAGGGCCUAGACAUUUCGCGAUUGUCAAACGACAAAUUGACACACGUCAAAAAUAAUAUCGGAUUACUAAGGAAUGUAGCUUGAACGAAAACAAAAAAAAAAAGAAAAUGAGCCGGCAAUUUAAUUAAUUACAGCUGGACUGGGAGUCAAUCUUAGCGAGCAUUAAGCACGUCCUAUCCCCACACGAGUUCCUAAUGACCGAAAUGUAUCAACUCGGUAACACAGAAUCUCAGUUUCGGAAUGCGUUUAAAACUCGUGUUUCUAGUGCGUAGAUAAAACCUUCUUGUAUCAAUUAAAUCUUGUAUUAAUUAGUUGAGACCUUAGAACUCAUGUCUCAAGUUGGGUGGCGGCAUUUACGUUUGUAGAUGUCUAUGGGCUCCGGUAACCAUUUAACACUAGUUGGGCCGUGAGCUCGGCCACCCAUUUAAGCAAUAAAAAAAUAUCGAAAUAGCUUGAACGCUAACUUGAGAAUUUCUCAUAGAUUCUUCGAGAAAGACGUCAUUCUGAAACUGUGAGUAUUAGGUUAAUAUACCCCCAUGUCCUAACUCACCAAAAUAUAUGCGUAUAUACAGUAGGAAAGAGUACCGGGUAAACAACUUCAUUGAAAAUUCAAUAAAUAAUUUUCACUGAACCAGUAUAAUUAAAAAUAAUCUAUUAUUCAUUUCAGAAGUCUGUUAUUAAAAAAAAAAAAACUUAUCAAAGCAGUUAUAUGUAUUCUCCCGACCUUAAUAUUAACUCCACUGUGAUUACAAUUUUAUCAAAAUUAUUUCGCAUUUAACCCAUAAGAUUUAUUAACGUAGAAUCUCGAGACAAAGAAUCUAUAACUUUGUUUCAUUUUUAAUUAAUUAACUCGAAAUUACUGAAGAAAUAAAAAAAAAACUGAAGAAAAAACUACAACAAAAAACAUUUUACGAAGCGUCAACACCAAAUAUACUUAAAAUAAAUACCAAUAUCUUUAUUAAUACAUAGUCAUGUACUUACUAUUUUAUUUAAUUUCUAAAACAGUUUCGCUAGCUUACGCCAACUUAUAUAUUUAGGGCACUUUACAUACUCAUCGACGUACUCACGUGUCAGAUGAAUAGUUCGUUUGACGUUAAAUAUAAUGCUAUAGUAGCUCCUUCCAUUUUUCGCUAGAUUUACAUUUUAUGAUAUCAUAGUUAAUAUUUAAUCAUUAUUAUUGUAAGAUCUCACUUUUCUAAGUAAGGUGUUCGCGUUCUAGGCAUAUAUUUGCCUUAUAAUUCGUAUUUAAAACUUUUUAUGAAAUUAGCAUGAUUAAUCACUUCUUAAUGAUAAUUGCCUUGAUGUAUUGACUUUGAAUUACAUAGAAUCAGAGCUCAUUUUCAAUAUGGCCGACUAUUUUUAUUAUUCUUUUUUUUUUUUUUUUUUUUUUUUUUUAUUGCUUAGAUAAGUGGACGAGCUCACAGCCCACCUGGUGUUAAGUGGUUACUGGAGCCCAUAGACAUCUACAACGUAAAUGCGCCACCCAUCUUGAGAUAUAAGUUCUAAGGUCCCAAUUAUAGUUACAACGGCUGCCCCACCCUUCAAACCGAAACGCAUUACUGCUUCACGGCAGAAAUAGGCAGGGUGGUGGUACCUACCCGUGCGGACUCACAAGAGGUCCUACCACCAGUAAUUACGCAAAUUAUAAUUUUGCGGGUUUCAUUUUUAUUACACGAUGUUAUUCCUUCACCGUGGAAAUCAAUCGUGAACAUUUGUUGAGUACGUAUUUCAUUAGAAAAAUUGGUACCCGCCUGCGGGAUUCGAAACACCGGUGCAUCGCUCAACACGAAUGCACCGGACGUCUUAUCCGUUAGGCCACGACGACUUCUAAACUUCUAUUCAAAACUUUAAACUCCUGUAUCUGUGACUAUUUAAACGCUUUAAUUUAUUUAUUUUCAUAUGAUCAACAGUACCAUAAGGGAACGUACCCAUACUACGUGACCCGCUUAGGGGGGGAGCGGAGUCUUUAAAAUACUACGGGUAGUCACAGGAGCGGGGGGGUGGCUCAGGUUUUUGUCACGUAGUCGAUUUUAGUGAGAGAAAUCUCGUAUUUUUUCGACCUAUGUUCGAAUAUAGCGCGCAGUGUUUAGCGCUUUGUAAACUCACACUACAUAAUUCUACUAGUAAUUUAAGUGUGCAUGCAGUCUUAUGCAAUAAAGACGAGUAUGAACCAAUUUUUUUGAAGUGAAACUUCCUUAUCGGCGUUGGAAAAAAAUUUACCGUCACAUUUUUCGGUUACGCGUCACUUUUUUCCGUUACGCGCCAUCUGUUUUGUAUUCAUGUCUAUGAUAAUAAAAUCCUUUUGUUUAAACUUUAUCUAAUUUAACUUUUUUGUAUUCAUGUCUAUGAUAAUAAAAUCCUUUUGUUUAAACUUUAUCUAAUUUAACUUUAUUUAACCAAUUUCUAGAAAGUUGCAUGUAGAUCAUUUUUCGAAAAAUAAGGCCAUAAACAAGUUUCACUUCUUACGUGUGUACACUAGUACACGCACACAUUUUUUUUUACAAUUUUUGCCUGUGAAAUGAUUAAAAAUCAUAAUUAUGAAUUACUACGUGAAAACUAAAGGAGGAGAGGGGGGGUCUUGGCAUAUACUACGAGUGAUCACCGAGGGGAGGGAGAGGUCGAAAAAACUAAAAAAAUAGGUCACGUAGUAUGGGUACGUUCCCUAACUUAUGUUUAGUGAGAUUUUGUUAUUUUUAGUUUCAAUUAGAAAGCCGUAAAUAAUGUAGCGCUAGAUUGCUUUAAUUUUAAUCUGCUUCGUGUUCCCGGAUCACAAAUGCAAUAUUUUUUUUAGAUAAUGUGCGAAAGACUAUGGUUGUGUCAAAAAAGGUUACAGAAAAAAGAAAAAGUUUGCAUUAAAAAUAGUUUCGAAGGAGACGUGAAUGACACAAUGAAAUAGAGGCCGUGGGAAUCAUCGUUACGUAUUCUGAAAUAAUAUUAUUAUAAAAUUUAUGUACGGAUUGUUUAAAAAAGUCAAAAAAAUUGGUAUGUUCCAAAAAUUGAAGAUUGUAAAAUGUAGUUAGUCUAUAAAGCGACAUUAAACCAUAACUGUAUUUCUAAACACAAUUAUGAGAUAGUACCGUUGAUAUGUGUAAUGAAAUACGCGUAGAUACAUUUUACAAUAAUUUUUCGACCAAAAAAAAACAAAGUGGGUAACUUAGUCCGGUUCUCGUGGCCUCGGUGAGAUAUUUCAAUAACUUGCAUUUUAUUAUAAAUUUAUGAAUAAAAAAAUAUAGGCCUAAACUUCACCCUCUAGUAAAUUAUAAGCCCGUAGUUAAUACAGGUCUUAGUAUACUUUGUAAUGUUACAAUGUUUUAAUUGCAAUUCGAGUUAUAAUAAGAAGUAUCGUCGCACCGUAUUCUGUGCCAAAAUAAAUAGUAAAUAUCUUUCCAAUUUUAACCAUUUUAUUAAAUUUUAAUAAUAUUUAAUGUGAUUAAACGAGAUAGUUUUUUGUGUUUUACUGUAAAAGACGAAGAACUCCAACCCUCAAACGAUCUCAGAGGCAGGAAAUGACAAUACUCAUUGUCGAGAGAUUGUUUUCAGUAAAACACAGAAACAUUUUUUAACGCUAGUUUCGAUAUUUCUACUGACAAAAAGCACUUUUAUUACUUAAUUAAUUGGAACACACUAAUGUAGCCUUAGAUAAUUCAUCAUGUUUACGAACUUCAUUUUUAGAGUAUUGAAGUGAAAUUAUCGAUUUGAAUACUAAAUAUAUCGGCGUAGCCAGAGAGCGACAUGGUUUAGCGCGCCAAAAAAAAUUACGUCAACAUAGUAGCGUAUUUUCAAAGUCUGUUUCGCCAUUUUGUCAAUUUGUUGGCGCCCUCGAAGAUAUCAAUUGGAUGUAUGUUUCUGAUCAAACAAAAUCUGGUACGACUUAACGAGCGCUAAAAGGGAUUUAUACCGAACAAAUUUCGUAAUGGAAUGGAGAUACAUAUUACGAAAUAUAGAAUGUACAAAUUCUGUUACUGUACGACGCUAGUUACUUUUUAGGUGAGGAGUCUCCAUGACACUGAUAAAGGUUUUUUUUUGCAAAUGACACAAAAUUACACUUUAAAAGUCCCUUACUACAUAUUUUUGACGCGAAGGCUUCAAUUACAGAAUUCGGAUUUCAUUGAAAUCUUUAAAUAAACGUUUAAUUAUCAUUUCUAUUUUUCACUGUAGAUUUAAUUAAAAAUCUGAAGUUCCCAACAAAGCCUUACCUACCUCCUAAAAUGUCAAUGUUACUCUGACAGCUGCAUUAAAAACAACUAUUAAAGCAAAAACGUUGCAAACGGAUGCAACUAAACCUAAAUUAGGCGCAAAUGAUUCUUGUAUUCUAAGCUACAUAGAUUACAGUAGGUAUCAAUUAAAAACGUCAUAGUGAUACCUGAACUAUUUAGGUCUCGCCGAUUUCGGUACGGAUCAGAUUUUGAAAAAACGCAAUUCAAUUAUUAAACUACAAUUUGUUUCGAUUAUAUUGUUUUAGGUGAAUUAAACCUUCAUGUCCAGCUGUCGCAUUCUAGCCAAAGAAAAAAUCUAGCUAAUUUAUGCUAAUACAUUAGCUACGCCAAUUAGGUAUAUAAAGAACCUAACCUUCAUGAAUAACACUAAAUUGAUUUUUAAACAAAACUUCUGAACUCAUUUAACGGAAAUGUUUACCAAAAACGACUCAUUCAUUCCAUAGUUAAUAGAAUUAGAUUAUAGACAAAUGCUUUUCAAAGCGAGAAUUAAUUUAGCCGAUAAUGUGUAUCUAGUUUCAACAAUUGAUGUGCCAAAACACGAUAAAUCGUUUCAUACUCUUAGUUACCACCGUUUUAUUUGAAAUGAAUGAGUUGUUAAAUUGUAUUUAGUGUGAGCCCUUUUUUAAAUAUUUUUCUGUCACAUAACCAGUUACAAAGGAUAUAAGCCAUUUAAAAUUUUAUUUGUCUUCAAUAAUUCCAAUAAGAAUAAGCAUACAUCAUCAUUAAAAUAUUAUAAUUAAUGAAUAUUUAAUUUAAGUAGGUAUUAUAUAAGUUUCAAAUUUAUUAUGGUAUAUUUUAUGUACUAGCGCCAUUACAUACAUACGUUGACAUGUAAAAAUCAAAGAGCACAUUUUUAAAUUUGUUUAAGCUUUCGUCUUUCCUCGUCGAAACCUUUUCAUAGAAGGUAAAUUGAUAUUAAAAUGUUAUAAUAAAAAUUUUAGUCAUUUAGUGAAUCUUGAUAUAAUAUUCAUGUACCAAAGUGUAACACAGUAAAACAUAAUCACUGAUUUAUGAAUUUUUAUUGCAUUAUUCUUAUUAAUAUAUUAAUAGUGUAGCGAACAGUAUUCGAUCAGUAGUUUUUAAAUUUUUUCUCAUUUUUCAAUAUGUAAUUGUCACUUUUCAAUCGAAGCGCUGGCAACAUUUAGUGUGGAAAUCACAGUGUAUUCUGUGGAGGAUGGUUAUGUAGUGUUGUACGGAAUGUUCCUGUGAACUUUGAUUGUAUUCAGCAAUAUAAAUUUCUAAUCCAUUA